AUGAUCAGAACAGCUCUACAAGUGCAGAAGUACUUUACUUGCUAUUGUAAAUCCUACAAUCGUAUGGACGAAGAUGCGAGCAAUUUCUUGAUGCUACCGGGCUGUACUCGAAGUGUCGCAAGCUGGCUGUUGCGAUCUAGAUGGAACUUCGCACGUCUCAGCUGUCCGAGUGUAGCAAGCGAGGCUCCGGCGUCAUUCGCAUGUACUAGCUCCACCGUGCCACUUGCAGCUGCAUCAGGUUACAGAUGUGCAGCGUGGAAACUCAGCAAUCCGUCUGUGGCUUUUCUCACUCGACACAGUGACAAGAAAUUCUCCUAA